AUGAAAGAUAAAAAACCUAAAUUUUCAUCAUCAUCUGGUUCUUCUAAAAAGGGUGGAUCUGGUAAGGAUUCUCAAGAUUCUAAGCAGAAAUCCCAAAAUUCUCCAUCAGAUAAUGCCCCUGCUACAGGUUCCAAAGGUAAAGGGGGAAGACCACAACGUCCUCCGAUGAACCCGGAGGCACGAAGAGCAGUUACAAAUUCUGUUUCUUGGACUGGAAAACUCCCCGCUACUCUUUUAUUUGAGCACUGCCAAAAACAAAAAUGGGAAAAAGUUCAAUUUGAUAUGAGAUCGGAUAGUAAAGGGUUCACUGGAAUUGCCAUCUUAGCUUGUAAAAACCCUAAAACUGGAUUGAUUGAAACUCUCAGAUUUGUUCCUCCAAAUGAUAUUAUUACACCACAAGCUACUUCUUUAGAGGCAAGACAUCUUGCAUCAACCUAUGCACUCCACCGUAUUGCUUCACACCGUAAUUUAAAACCUAUGCUUCCACCAGAUCAUAGGGAUAUUUGGGUCAAGCUAGAUGAUUUAAAAAAAGAGCAUUUGGCUUCUUCUGCAGCUUUGACUAAGUCAACAGGAAGUAACAAGUCAGGGGAUAAAUCUCAACAGAUAAAUGCCAAAGGCAUAUUAGAGGACAAAACGUAUCUAUAUGCUCAAGACCCAUUUUUGGCUGAUCGAGAACGUAAAGCUAAUAUUGAAAAGUUAAAACAACACCAGUCAAGUGAUGAGCAUAAGAAGAAAAUGGAAAUGAAAAAAAUCAUGAAUUCAGUUAAAACAGCGCUAUCCACUGAACAGUCUAGUAACAAUUCACCUAGUGGAUCUGGGACCAGCACUCCCGAUAUAAAUAAAAUUAAAUCGAUUCAAGAUACCUCUGAAUCUGUUGAUACUUCACAUGAGUCCUCUAUGACUUCUAUGGAGCCAAAGAAAAAACGUCCGCGAUUUGAUAAAUGGUUAUACAUGUCUAAGGAAGCAAGAGUUCAGGCAGAGUAUAUCAUUAAAAAAUUUCACGGUUUUGCUUCAUCGUCUGUAAGCAUUGACAAUAAAACAUAUUGGGACAACCCAAAUAAUUCUGCUGUUUAUAAAGCUGUUACGUCUGCUCUUGUUCAAAUUGGAUUUCCUCAAUACCAGGCUGAAGAAGCAUUAGAACAUUGCACUUCCCUUGCGGAAGCAAUUGAAUGGCUUUUAAUACAUGUUCCAGAAGAUGAUCUUCCUCCUAUGUUUGCUUCAACUACAGAAAACAUGGACAAAAGAUCAACGACAACAAUUGUUAACACAGACCUGAAGUUUCAAUACUCAUUAAGAGAUAUUCGGGCACACGGCGGUUAUUCAGAAGAUCUUAUAAUUGAAGAACUCCAAAAGGUUCAAGGCGACAAACGAAAAGCAAUUGUACAAUUGACUAAAAAGUUAGCACUUCCUGAAUCUGAUAUGAAUAGUAUCGUUAAGAUUGAUGAAGCAGAUACAAUUGAAACUUGGAAAGAGGAAAUGUUCAGUUUAGCGUCUAUAUACACUGAGGAAGAAUUUGUGGAGAAUACUGAGCAACUUUCUUGUACAUUUAAAUUCGAGAUACCAGUCAAAUUUAAACCUGAAUAUUUUGACGAUCUUUUGCCAGAGAUGAAAAACAAAAGAAAAAAGAAAUCAGACAAUACCAUGGUGAAUUAUAAAGUUGAAUUGACAUUAUGGAUGCCAAGUCUAUAUCCUAAUGAGAUACCUGGAAUUACAAUUAAUGUCAUCCCUUCAUUUGAUGAGGCAAACAACUUUCUUCGAAAAUUUAAUCUUUUGGAUUUAAUUAAAAGAACCGGAGAUUACGCAUAUAAAAAUACUUUAGGAGAAUUUAUGGUUCUUUCUAUUGUAGAAUGGUUCAAAGAUAAUUUUGCGGAAAUAUUACUAAAUCCCAGUAAACUUGUUCAACUAGCACAAGGUAUUACUGGUGUCCAAGAGAAUGAAAUUAAACUUGAAAAAUCUAAAAAUCUUAAAAAACAUAAGGGAAGCACUGAGUUGACACCUGAUAAAGCUUCUCUUGAUGUUAUUAGCAGUACUCUUCAACAACAUUCAGAAAAACUUCAUUCUUUAUCUAAAUUUCCUAAUUUAAAUGAAAUGAUAAAAUCUCGGGAACAGCUUCCUGCUUGGAAAAAAAAGGAGGAGAUUAUUAAUAUCAUUAAUAAACACCAAGUUGUUUUGAUUACUGGUGAAACUGGCUCUGGUAAAUCAACACAGGUGGCUCAGUUUAUUUUAGAUGCUGUUGCUGAAAAAAUCAAGGAAUCAACCUUAAAAAGUCCUUUAAAUAUUAUUUGUACUCAACCACGUCGUAUUUCUGCCAUGGGGCUUGCUCAGCGUGUUGCAGAUGAGCGCGAUAGCCCGGUUGGAGAACAGGUUGGUUAUGUUAUUCGAGGUGAAUCUAAAACUAGCUCUAAAACUCUUCUUCGAUUUGUCACAACUGGUGUUUUGUUACGAAUGAUCCAAUCUUCAGGUAGUUCUUUGCAGCCUUUGCAGAAUAUCAGUCAUAUUAUCGUCGACGAGGUGCAUGAACGCUCUUUAGAUAGUGAUUUUUUGCUGAUCUUAUUGAAGCGUAUAAUAUCGGCUCGAAAAGAUUUAAAAAUCAUUCUUAUGAGUGCCACAGUUGAUCCCCAACUUUUCAUCAACUAUUUUGGAGGAAAGAAUAAAGUUGGUUAUACUCAUAUUGAAGGCAGAACUUUUCCUGUUCAAGACUAUUAUCUAGACAAGAUUUUAGAAAUUACAGACUUUACUCCACCUGGGCUUAUUUUCAAGUCAGGUAAGAAAAAAUUCCAAAAUGAUGAAUAUUAUGACGAUUAUGAUGAUGAUGAUAACAGUGGAAUAGUUACCAGUACCACUGUCAGCCAAAAGAUCAUUGCUAUGGCUAAGCAAGGAAUUCAGUAUGAUCUCAUAGCUACUCUUGUAUCCUAUAUCGAUCGUCAGCUUGGAGAGAAGGAUGGCUCCAUUCUAGUUUUCAUGCCAGGUACAGCAGAAAUUACAAGAUGUAUUAACACUAUAUCUUCUUCUUCUUCCAGAUUUUAUGCUUUACCACUCCAUGCUUCUCUCGCCCCUGCUGAACAACGAAAAGUGUUUCCCAAGCCACCAAAGGGCUUUCGUAAAGUGGUUGUCAGUACUAAUGUAGCUGAAACCUCAAUUACUAUACCAGAUAUUGUUGCUGUUAUUGAUACUGGCCGUGUGAAAGAAACAAAGUAUGAUGUUGUCAGUAACGUUAUGAGACUUGUUGAUUCUUGGACUUCCAAGGCCGCAGCCACACAACGACGUGGUCGUGCAGGUCGUGUUCGACAGGGUGAUUGCUAUAAACUUUUUACAAAAUCAGUUGAAGAGCGAGACAUGCCUGAUAGACCCCUUCCUGAAAUUUUGCGUGUACCGUUGGAACAACUAUACCUCAAUGUAAAAGCUAUGGGUGUAAACCAUACAUCUAAAUUUCUUAAUGAAGCGCUUGAUCCUCCUCAUUUUGUGGCUAUUGAUCGUGCCAGAAAUACUUUAAUUCAACUUGGUGCUCUGGAGAUUAUUAAUAAAAAUUCUGGUGAAGAGUCACUUACACCAUUAGGGAAUCAUAUGUCUAUGAUUCCAGCUGAUUUGAAAUGUGCCAAGCUUCUGGUAUUAUCAGCCAUGUUUGGGUGCAUUAAUACCGGUUUGAUUGUAGCAUCCAUUAUGUCUUUGCGUUCACCAUUCAUUUCUGUCAAUGUGGAAAAACGUGACGAACUACGGAACGUUAUUGUCAAAUUCUCUGGGCCCGGUGCUACUCGCAAAACUGGAGGUGUUGGAGAUUUACUUACGCAGGCAAAAGCAUAUUAUGAUUGGGAACAAAUGCGACAAGAUCCACACGUCAGUCCUUCUCAGCUCCGAAAAUGGUGCAAAGAAAAUUUUCUUUCGUAUCAAGGUUUACAGGACAUUUUUUCAGCCAAAAAGCAAUUCAUUUCAAGUCUGCAAGAAAUUGGUUUUAUUCCUGCUGGUUCUCUUCAGAAAAUUCCGGAAUAUUAUACAAUUAAUGAUGAUCUCAGAACACUUCAGCAAACAGGACUUACACGUGCUGUAAUUGGAGCAUCAAUGGGUCCUACACAUCUUGCCAAUGUUACUCUCCCAGAAAAAGUUUUCAAAACAGUUGGUGGUGCAGGUGCAAUCGAAAUGGAUAACACAGAAGCAAAAGAUAUUCGGUUUUUUGGGCCAAACAUUGUUGAUGAAGAGUUUGCUGCAGAAAAGUCCAAUACUAAAAAUCACAAUAACACUAGUCAGCCGCAAUAUUUGACAGAAAGAUUGUUUAUUCAUCCAGUUUCUUGCAUUUUUGAAACAACGAAAUUUUUGGAUGACACAUUAACUGUUAAUGGUCAUGGAAUUGGUUAUGGAGAUGGUGCAUUUAUUAGUUUUGCUCGAAAAAUGCACACAUCAAAACUAUUUAUUGAUUCCAUAACUCCACUAAGUACUUAUGGCUUAUUGUUUUUUUCAGAAAAUGUCAAAGUGGAUACCUUUGGUAAUGGUGUCAUUGUUAGUACUGGUGGGAGUAAACUAUCAGACAGCAUUCAAAAUGAUGAAGAAAACGGGGUUUCUUGGCUCGGAUUAAGGUGCUGGCCGCGAAUUGGCAUUUUAGUCAAGCUAUUACGUCACCUAUUUAAUGAUCUUGUCAAGCAAAAACUAAACAAUCCUGGUUUAGAUUUAAGCAAAAAUGAAAUCAUGAUUUUUAUCCAAAAGCUGAUUGAGAAUAAUGGAGCUGUAAGAAAGUAA